AUGUGUCAGCCAAUCUCGGCCAAUAAAGAGCGGAGCGAGGCGGACCACAGGUGCGCGCCUCCGUCCCCCCUGGCACAGCGCCCCGGAGAUGCUGGAGAGAGACGCCUGGCUGCUCCUCCUGACUCCCCCCUCCUCAUACUCCCCGCUCGGGCGGUGAUGGCGACCGCCACGUCCAACCACUUCAGCGUCCUCAGCAGCCCCGGCAGCCCUCCGCCGCCGCCGCCGCCGCCGCAGCAGCAGUCGGAGUCCGGGACCAUGCAGCAGCAGCAGCAGCAGCAGCAGCAGCAGCAGCAGCAGCAGCAGUACAGGGACGCGCACGCCCUGCUCCAGAGCGACUACGGCGCGCACCCGCUCAGCCAUCACGCGCACCAGUGGAUCGCGGCGCUGUCUCACCACGGGGACGCCUUAGCCCCGUGGCCGUCCAGUCCGCUCGGGGAGCAGGACGUCAAGCCGGUGCUGCACGACGACGAGCGCGAGGAGCUGCGCGACUCCGGCGGCGGCGGCGGCGGCGGCGCGCAACAGCGACACCCUCACCCGGCCGCGCAUCACGACGCCAGAGCAUGCUGGCGCACCGGCAGCACCGCCAUGCAGGCGACGUCUGAGGGUCAGGCUCUGCUCUACUCGCAGUCCGGCUUCGGGAUGAUGCCCGGCGGCGAGCAAGGCGGCAUGCACCACUCGCACCCGCUCCCGCACCCGCACCACCACGCGCUGCCUCGGGACGACGAGCAGCACGGCGGCCACAGCCCGCACCUGAGCGACCACGGAGGCGGGCCGCCGCCGCCGCAGCAGCACCAGGACCACUCGGACGAAGACACGCCGACCUCGGACGAGCUGGAGCAGUUCGCCAAGCAGUUCAAGCAGCGGCGCAUCAAGCUGGGCUUCACGCAGGCCGACGUGGGUCUGGCCCUGGGGACCCUGUACGGCAACGUCUUCUCGCAGACCACCAUCUGCAGGUUCGAGGCGCUGCAGCUGAGCUUCAAGAACAUGUGCAAGCUCAAGCCGCUGCUGAACAAGUGGCUGGAGGAGGCCGACUCCACGUCGGGCAGCCCCACCAGCCUGGACAAGAUCGCCGCGCAGGGCCGCAAGAGGAAAAAGAGGACCUCCAUCGAGGUGGGCGUCAAGGGGGCCCUGGAGAGCCACUUCCUCAAGUGCCCCAAGCCCGGCGCGGCCGAGAUCAACUCGCUGGCCGACAGCCUGCAGCUGGAGAAGGAGGUGGUCCGGGUUUGGUUCUGUAACAGGAGGCAGAAGGAGAAGCGGAUGACGCCCGCUGGGGGGGGUCUGCCCGGGGGGGAGGACGUGUACGGGGACAGCCCCCCGCACCACGGAGGACAGACCCCGGUGCAGUGA